AGCCUUUCCAUAAUCUUAGCCCUAUGUUCAUCAUAAAAACAUCAGUCAUACCUGAAUUUCUUGGAAGUAUUUUAUCUAUUCACAGGUUCAAUCUGCAGAUCAAGUUAUCCAGUCCAGUUAUCUGUCACUGGAUAACUGGUGGUGUACCUGCUAACUGUCAUCCCCCAACCCGCCCACCCCCCCCCACAAAAUAAUGUUUUAUAUAUAUAUAAAAUCAUUUCUUCACACUGAGCAGGAAGUUAAAGCCAUGUUUAGGAUUUUCCUUCGAGAGCGUGUCAGGCUUAUGUAAAUAUCUCAGCAUGUCCAGCUAAUGCUUCGUCACUCUGGGGAAUUGACGGCUAGCCAGAAACAAUAGUCAACAGUGACUAAACCUCUGCAUCUGGCUGUUGAAUGCAUUUUGCUCAGCCACUCUUGAAAACAUGUUACAAUUUACAGUUAGAAAGCAUUUUAAUUCAUGACUCCAUGACAUGGUGUAUUUUUUACUAAUAUUAAUGUCAGUAUUACAACUUGAAGUUCUCAAAUGUACUUCCAGUACUGUGAAUUUAGCUCAUAAACAUUCAUUCUAGGCUGAUUAUUUUAAAAUAACUUGUGUGUGUACUACCUAAUAACAAACCACAGCCAAGUGUAAGAUAUGAAACUGAAAUCAAUUAAUAAAAUUAUAUGUACAACAUACAGUUCCCAUUAUUGUUGCAGUCAUAUAACAUAUAUAUAUAAAGAGAGAGAGAGCCAGCCAAUGAAUGAUGUCUGGCUGCGUCUUGGAGAAUUUCAGCACCUUGGACAGAGACGAAGGCUUUCGUGUCCCCGUUGCGCUUCUGCUCUCCUCCAGACCACAGAUGAGCAGCCAUGCAGAAAUCCAUCACGACAGCAGAUCCUUAGCCCAUUUUGCUCAGAAUUGCCUCAUUUACAAGCAGUUUAUGCAGCUCGACUGACGUCAAUGGAGCGGUGUGUGAUGUAUAUAACCAUUGAGCUCCAGGAGCUCCACUCCAGUCUGUCUGCAAACACUCUUCCUUACAAGUACUUUUGAAGCAACAGAAGACGACCGAGAAGCGCGCAGCUGUGUCCAGCAUGAAGCCCGUCCCUUUGGUCCUGCUCAUAACUUCAGUCUUACUGACCACCCACAUCCCGCUGAGCACCUGUCGACCCCGCGACCUGAGCCUCGUGAACAGCCAGCUAGACGACGUGCUGUCAAACGGGGCAGGAGACGACGCUAUGUCCUACCUCGUGGGUGAAAAACUCCUUCAGUAUUUGCAAAGAAACCUCGGAGCGCAGAAGGCAAGCGGUGUCCUGCAUCUCCCGCACUUCCCCGCGGCGCAGCUCCGCUCUCCUCACGAGGACAGCAGCUUAGAAGAGCUCACGGAGUUUUCCAAACGGAACGACGAUCCUCCGAUCUCCAUCGACCUCACCUUCCACCUACUGAGAAACAUGAUCGAAAUGGCGCGAAACGAGAAUCAAAGGGAACAGGCGGGACUGAACCGCAAAUAUCUAGAUGAGGUUGGGAAGUAGCUGUAGCUCCACGAUGAUGCUUUCAAUCGGCGAGUAAAGAACAAGCUCAAUGCACUCUUUCACACCCCCAAACUCUCGCUUAAGCAUAUGACAUUCACCGAUGCCUCCUGCUGACCCACACUCUUAGAAAUAAAGGUUCUUCAGUGGUUCCUUGCCACUGCAAUGAACCUCCUUCUCGUUCUUGAGUUGGCUGAGGUUCCUUGGAGAUUAAAAAAGGUUCUUCAGAUCAGUCUGUUGGUUUUUGCAUUCCAACACAAAAAAAACAACAACAACAAAAAAAAGUUCUUCUAAAAGGUUCACUUGUGGCAUCAGGGUUAUGUUGAACCUUUAUUUUUAAGAGUGGCAUCUAUCUGUUCACCAGCAGAGUUUCUGGUGACCUGCUGCUGUCUCCUUCACCUCUGGACCAUUUUAGAACCAGGAACCACAUGCAAGAGUCACACAACAGACCUACCAGGACCUCAAAAUGCUGCCCACGGCAAAUGAUCAGUCAGGGUGGUUCACAUGUAACCAGAUCUACAAUUGACUUGUGCCCUUUGAGUGUUUACCGUAAUUGGCCUCUUAUUUAGAAAUAAAGGUUCUUAAUUGGCAUCUGUGGUUCCAUGAAGAACGUUUAACAUCCAUGGAACCUUUAUAGUGGUUCUUUAGAUGAUUAAAAUUCUCUUCACACUUAGAACGAAAAGGCUCUUUUUAGAACUGUUCACUGAAAGGUUCUCCUAAGACACGGCUGUGAAUCUCCUUAUUUGGAACCUUUGUUUUUCAAUGUCUAUAAAAUGGAAGAAAUAUUACUAAACCGUUAAAAAUCCUAAUUGGUCUUGAGUUAUUCUCAACAAAGUAAAAUAAGGCCAUUUGUAAAAAGUCAUUUCUGUUCGGCUGGUUUGGUUGCAUCCUCGCACUUUGCCAAAGGGAGUGUUCUUAUGACACAAAAUGCUAUACUUUGGUAAUAUUACUAAUAUUUACCACCACAUAAUGCCAUAUGCUCACUGUAUACCAAGUGCAAAAGUAUGUUCUCCUCACAUGGUGGGAAACAAUGAUCUGUAGCACUUCAACCAAGACGCUUACCCACGUUUUGUGACAAUAAUGUUGGACAAUAUUACAAAGUGCUUGAGAUAUACUGUACAUUGUAUAUUGCUUAUCACGAUGUAAAUUACAUAUUGCACCUAAAUGCAAACAUGACUUUGUAUUUUGAACAUGAAUCUGCAGAAAUAAAUGAGACUACAUGCCUUUUACAAGUAACUGAAAA